AUGAAUGUUGAUGAUGAGGGGGAGCAUCAAAAUGUUAAUCCAAUUGUUGAGGGGGAGAAAGUUGGAAAUAGAACAAAUGUUUCAAAUGAACAAACUGAUAACUUUCAUGAUAUUAAUGAUAAUUUUUCGAAUGCAAGUGAAAGAUCUGAAACUAGAGAAAUCAACUUUCUGGGUUUAAAUAUUCGUCAACGCAGAGAAGGAAUAUUCAUAAAUCAAGAGAAGUAUACACGCAAUCUCCUUGACAAAUUUGGAAUAACUAAUAACACAAAGCUUAUAGUACUAAUGGCGGUUGGAACAAAGCUAUGUCCUUUGUUGGAUAAACAUGCUAUCGAUAUCACUUUGUAUCGAAGCAUGAUAGGUUCAUUGCUUUACCUUACAGCAAGUCGACCUGAUAUCAUGUUUUCUGUGUGCAAUUGUGCCAGCUACCAAUCAAACCCAAGAGAACCACAUCUCACUGUAGUCAAGAAUAUUUUUCAUUAUCUCAAACGGACCAUUUCAUUAGCAUUAUGGUAUCUUUCAAAAACAGGGUUCUUUAUUCAAGCAUUUUCAGAUGUAUGCUUGGGGGGUUGUAAUCUUGAUCGCAAAAGCACAAGUGGCGGAUGUCAAUUAUUGGAUGGGAAGCUUGUGAGUUGGCAAUCGAAGAAACAAACCUGUGUUUAA